UAUGCAUGCGCCGCCUCGCCGCCGUACCGAUCAGCUGUACGCAGUAAUAAACUAGCCUACUAUUCAAACGGUCGUUUCAUUCUAAUACAUAACAAUUGACGACGAGGUGUUAAACGAAUACCCACAUUAUUAAAGUAAAAGAUGGCUUAUGUCGGAUUAUUGCCUAUUUUCGAUUAUAAAACAUGUGAAUGGGCGUUGUUUAAAGGCCGUUUAACGCAGUAUUUAAAAGUGAAUAACGUGAAUGAAGAAAAUAAGUGCGCGAUCUUGAUAACACACUUGUCCGAUGACUCGUAUAGGUUGGUGCGUAACCUUGCCUACCCAGAUUCUGUGGAUGAAUAUACUUAUAAAAAGCUAGUCUUAUUACUCGACAAUCACUUCAAGCCCAAGAAGUGUACGUACGCGGAUAGGGCGAAAUUCUAUGGAGCAUCUAGGCAUCCAGGCGAAAAUCUAGGAGACUGGGCGGCACGACUUCGUGGUCUAGCAAGCUACUGCGAAUUUGGAUCUGCUCUGGAUACGGUUUUGACCGAUCGAUUCAUCCUCGGCUUGGGGCCAGGUCCCGAACGUGACAAGCUCUUUGAGCAAGGUCCUUCCAUUCUCAAGAUUGGGCAGGCAUUAGAGAUGGCAGAGCAGGCCGCCAGCGCGAGGGAGGCGAAGACGAUGGUACUACCUAAGUUGGAUUACAAAGAGGAGCCCAUCUAUCGAGCGUCGAUGGGAACUGGUGGUGGGCGCGGCCUGAGCGCAGGCCAGGCGGGCGGCGGAACACACGCGCCACUUCGCGACCAGCGCACCGCUACUGGGGAGGGCUCACGAUGUGCCGUAUGCGGUUUGAAGAACCACUCGUCCAAGAAUUGCCGAUACAAAAACUAUAAAUGUCAAAAUUGUGGUGUAAAGGGCCACUUAAAAAAGGUUUGCGGAAACAAAAAUUCACGCGUUAAUAACAUAACGUGUGAUGAACAAAGUGAAAGUGAGAAUGAGGUUUUGUGUUGCCAGGAAUGUCAAAAUUUCAAUUUAAGGUACGUUACGAAUAAACCUUUAGAACUUAAUCUUGUACUGGGAAAACGUGAUAUUACGAUGGAGUUAGACUCGGGGUCGGGUACGUCAGUAAUUUCAGAGCAGAUGUAUAGGGAAUUAUUUUCAGACUAUAAGUUACAGUAUUGUAACAUUAGGAUGUGUUUGUACAACGGACAUAAAAUCUCUCCGGAAGGGUAUUUUAAUAUUGAGGCCACAUUUAACAAGCAAAGUAAGAGGUUAAAAAUCUUCGUCGUUAAAAAUGGAGGCCCACCACUUCUUGGCCGCGAUUUUAUGUCCGCGUUUAAUUUGGUCUUAACAACUAAAAUAAAUAGCAUAAGUGAUGUACAUGAUACUAUAGAUACAUUAUUGGAACAAUAUUCUGAAUUGUGGUCUGACGAACUUGGCACAUUUAAUAGUUUUAAAAUUAAAUUACAGUUAAAAGAGGAUGCUUAUCCAAAGUUUUACAAGCCACGUAAUGUACCUUUUGCUUUAAAAGAUAAAGUGACAGCGGAAUUGGAUAGACUGGUAGGAUUAGGUAUAUUGGUCCCAGUUAAUCACUCUGAUUAUGCAACACCGAUAGUUCCAGUUCUCAAAGAAAAUGGGAAGGGAGCGUAUGUUAGAGGAGUUGCACUCGGCACAUUUUGGCAUCGUUAAGACCAAAAGCGCGGCACGCGGACGUAUGUGGUGGCCGGGCAUCGACGGCGACAUCGAGCGCUGGGUGGCAUC